UAAAUUUGACCUAAUGUUUAGGCUUGUGGUGGUUUGUUGCUAUUGUAGGACUGCAGCAAGAAGGCCAUUGAUGGCUCAGUUUCCAUUAUUACAGUUUACAUUAGUUAUGUGUUAAUUAAACACCUUGUAGCUAAUCCCCAUUUUGACAAAGUGGACAGAUAUCCGCUGUCGAACAGGAUUAUUCAGGCAUUUUGCAUCUUAACCUAAUAAGUUUACGGUUUUAAUUACAGUUCACCAGUUUGCUUGUGCUUGCCUUGCCAAGAGUAUCUCGGUCCAGCAGGACACCAUGGCAGUAAUUUGACCUAAUCCUAUCUGAUGUUGCUUAAGCAAAAGUAUAAGAGCAAAAGUUAGAUGUGUUAGACGAGUCACACAAGGAGACUAUAAGCAAGAAAAGAGCGAGAACAGCCGACUGAAGGGGACCUUCUUGUGGGAUCAAAAUGGCAGAAGAAUGGGGAAAACAGGCAUUUGCUGCCAGGCGGAACCAUGACGAUACAACGAGGGAAUCUGCUUUCACUUACACAAACACCAAUCAUACAAGAGAUCCAUUUGAGGGUCCCAAUUACCACAUUGCUCCUCGAUGGGUUUACAACGUUGCAACAGUCUGGAUGUUUUUUGUGGUCGUGGCAUCAGUCUUCACCAAUGGCCUCGUCUUGGUGGCCACAGCAAAAUUCAAGAAACUCCGUCACCCUCUGAACUGGAUCUUGGUCAAUCUUGCUAUUGCUGAUCUCGGAGAGACAGUUUUUGCCAGCACCAUCAGUGUAUGCAACCAGAUGUUUGGUUACUUCAUUCUUGGACACCCAAUGUGCAUCUUUGAGGGCUAUGUUGUCUCAGUUUGUGGCAUCACUGGUCUCUGGUCCCUGACUAUCAUCUCCUGGGAGAGAUGGAUAGUUGUGUGCAAACCUUUUGGAAAUGUCAAAUUUGAUGCCAAAUGGGCCACAGCUGGAAUAGUGUUCUCCUGGGCCUGGUCAGCAGUGUGGUGUGCUCCCCCCAUCUUUGGAUGGAGCAGGUACUGGCCUCAUGGACUGAAGACUUCCUGUGGACCUGAUGUAUUCAGUGGAAGUGAUGACCCUGGAGUCCAGUCUUACAUGGUUGUUCUUAUGAUUACAUGUUGCAUCAUUCCUCUGGCUAUCAUCAUCUUGUGCUACUUUGCAGUCUGGAUGGCUAUCCGUGCUGUUGCGUUGCAGCAGAAGGAAUCAGAGUCAACCCAGAAAGCUGAGAGAGAAGUAUCCAGGAUGGUUGUUGUCAUGAUCUUUGCAUAUUGUUUCUGUUGGGGACCUUACACCUUUUUUGCCUGCUUUUCUGCGGCUAACCCUGGAUACGCCUUCCAUCCUCUGGCUGCUGCCAUGCCUGCAUACUUUGCCAAGAGCGCCACAAUCUACAACCCUAUUAUCUAUGUCUUCAUGAACCGACAGUUCCGCGUAUGCAUCUUGAAGCUCUUUGGCAAAGAAGCAGAUGAUGGCUCUGAAGUAUCAACAUCAAAGACAGAGGUCUCCUCUGUGUCUUCCGAAUAA